AUGGACUACCAGCAAGACCUCCAACGUAAAAGAAAAAGCAUUGAAGGAAAGCUACCACCAACAUCAAGUCCAUUUUUCUACGAUGGCAUGGCUCCUCCAAGCUAUCACUCCUUCGAUGGGAUAUGGGCAGACGCAGCAACUCGCCCAAGAGCCUCGCUUGGAAAGGAAUUUCACUAUCGAGGUAGAGAACAUGGAGCAGCCCCAAGACAUCAACGAUCACGGAACGAAGAGCUCACAAUCAACCACCGGUCUCGAGAAGAUCAGACAAAGCACCACCGUCCUCACAGGUCGUCUUCCUCACAUCAUCACAACUGGACAGCAAAGCUUGUGUUUCAGGGAUUGAAAUGCAAUCUCUUCGGCUCCGGCAGUACUACUGAAAGCGGACGAGACUCGAAGCGACGGGCACCUGUGUCACGGACAACAAAGCUAGACUUCUGCAGCAACACCCGAGACAUCCAUUAUACCGUACACAAUCACUGGUAUGACUCGAGGCCGUCAGAGUCUAUAUCUCGAACUAGAACGUCGCCAUGCCAUGAGUCAGUAAGUGACGGUGCGCAACCCAUCACCAAUAUAAUGAGUGGCGCGCUCCCUGCUUUCACGUUCGGCCCCCAAUAUGCAAAUCAGAGAAUGGCUGGCGGGCUUCCGUGUCAAGACGAUCCGACAUCGUUCGAUGGCUUGUUCUCAGGCUUCAGCCCACCUGUGCACGAAGAGCUGAAUGAUAGCUCGAUUUGGGGAGUAUUCUCCCAUUGGCCCUAUCAUCCUUCACAUGACGCAGCCUACCGCUAUCCAGUAUACAACUCCUCAGGAACGGGUCACUCCGAGGCCGCCAAAGAGGUGCCUCAUUCAAUUCCUGAGUGGUGCAGGCACUGUCCUGGUAGUGCCGCCAACUAUGACUCCACAACUCAGCCGUCAUUCGGUGGGCAUAGGUCCUGUAGCCAUGACAGAGAAAGCCGACAUUCGUCCACGCGACCAAAUUCACAAAAUGGCAGACCAGACGCCGCAUCGGCACUGACGGAUUACAACAAGCGCUGGGACUACAUCGACAGCGUCCAACGACCCCACCCCCACGAACUACCCUGGCCCACAAUCCGACCCGACGUCCCUUUCGACCACAUGAAAUGCGACGUCUUCUCCUUCUUUGCCCAAGCGUGCGGUCUUCGGCCCGACCGCAGGAAAGCGCCCAAGCUCGACUUCAAGCUCUCCCCACGCAGCCCUUACCCAUCUUAUGAUCAGCGGCAGCAGGAAUGCGAGAGGAAGAUGUUGAAAAUGUUUAAGCAGCAAAUGCAGAGGGAGAAGUUGAGGUGGCAUGAGGAUAAGUUGAGGAGGAAGUUUCCGGAGGUGAUUGGGAGGGGUAGCAGUGGGGAGAGGGAUGAUGAGAAGAGGAAGGCGGUUUGGGCCGCCAUUGCGGAGGGAUCGGCUGUUUGUGACAAGAGGUUGGCGAGUAUGCUUUGA